UGAUUAUCCGGAAGUAUCACUGUAAGUACUAGGACUGCCCUGCUCAUGGUCAACUUGAAUUUGCAAAAGCGAGAAAGUUACUUCCUUGUGUGUUCAGCGUCUGUCUCGGAGCCGUUCAUCCUACUACGAAAUGGAGGACCGCAUUUCAAAGGAAUAAAGCGGUUUCCAGCAAGUUUCACUGGAAUAUUCCAUUGAGGAAAAUUAACUGGAUUUAGCACCCCGAUAAAAGGAUGGGCUGUGCCAAGUCCAAGCCUGAAGAGGACUCCACAAGCAAGGCUCUGGCCAGCCAUGACUCCCCCAGCAAAACCCCACCCGGGCACUACGUUCAGGACCCCACAUCCAAGAACACUGCUAGCAAAGCCAGUCUCCCUGCAGCUAAUGGUCCUGAGAACGUGGCCAUUGCCCUGUAUGACUAUGAGGGCUUGCACGAAGGAGACCUGGGCUUCAAGAAGGGAGACCGGCUGAAGAUCUUACAGGAGUCAGGGGAGUGGUGGAAGGCUAUGUCCAUUAGCACAGGUCAAGAAGGAUUCAUCCCCAGUAAUUAUGUUGCCAAAGACAGCCUGGAAACAGAAGAGUGGUUCUUCAAAGGCGUUAGCCGUAAAGAUGCCGAGCGGCAGCUGCUGGCACCAGGCAAUCGAGUCGGAGCCUUCAUGAUCCGCGACAGCGAGACCAGCCCAGGCAGUUACUCCCUUUCUGUGAGAGACAGCGACGGCUCCAACGACACGGUCAAGCAUUACAAGAUCCGCACCCUGGACAACGGUGGCUUCUACAUCUCCCCUCGCAUCACCUUCACCACGCUGCAGGAGAUGGUCCAGCACUACAAGAAGCAGAAUGACGGUCUGUGUCAGUGCCUGAAGAUACCAUGUUUGAGUCCGAAGCCACAGAAGCCCUGGGAGAAGGAUGCCUGGGAGAUCCCCAGGGAGUCCCUGAAGCUGGACAAGAAACUGGGGGCGGGCCAGUUUGGCGAGGUCUGGAUGGCCACGUACAACAAGCACACCAAGGUGGCGGUGAAGACGAUGAAGCCGGGCACCAUGUCGGUGGAGGCCUUCCUGGAGGAGGCCAACCUGAUGAAGAACCUGCAGCACGACCGGCUGGUGCGUCUCAACGCCGUGGUCACCAAGGAGGAGCCCAUUUACAUCAUCACCGAGUUCAUGGAGAAAGGGAGUUUACUGGACUUCCUGAAGACCGAUGAAGGAAACCGGGUCCAACUGCCGAAGCUCAUCGACUUUUCAGCGCAGAUCGCAGAGGGCAUGGCCUACAUCGAGCGCAAGAACUACAUCCACAGAGAUCUGCGUGCGGCCAACAUCCUGGUCAACAAGGCCCUGGUGUGCAAGAUCGCUGACUUUGGCCUGGCCCGCGUCAUCGAGGACAACGAGUACACUGCCAGGGAGGGCGCCAAGUUCCCCAUCAAGUGGACCGCUCCCGAAGCCAUAAACUACGGCUCCUUCACCAUCAAGUCCGACGCCUGGUCCUUCGGCAUCCUGCUGAUGGAGAUCAGCACCUACGGCCGCACUCCGUAUCCAGGCAUGACGAACCCGGAGGUGAUCCGCUCCCUGGAGAAGGGGUACCGCAUGCAGCGCCCAGAGAGCUGCCCGGGGGAGCUGUAUGACAUCAUGAUGACCUGCUGGAAGAACAAGCCUGAGGACCGGCCCACUUUCGACUACCUGCAGAGUGUGCUGGAGGACUUCUACACUGCUACUGAGAGCCAGUACCAGCAGCAGCCCUGAGACACACACACACACACACAUACACACACACACACACACAUACACACAUACACACACACACACACACACACACAUACACACACACACACACAUACACAUACACACGCACACACUGCUACUGAGAGCCAGUACCAGCAGCAGCCCUGAUACACACACACACACACACACACACACACAACACACACACACACACACACACACACACACACACACUAUAGCAUUAUCUUGCAUCUCUGCAUACUGAUUCUUCCCCUCAGGUGAAGCACCUGGAUGUGCCUGCAUUUCCCUCUCUCUGGCCCCUGCCCGUCUGCCUGUGGCAGAGGGACACUGUCCUUAUAGGUGUAAACUGUUUAAUAACUCAAAGCCUCUUACAAAGACGUUUCUCCUUCAUUUAAUGUGCUAUGUUAAACUAUGUGUGUCUUCAGCCCAGUCAGGUCAUGAUAUGACGGACUUUAAAUGCGGUUACUUUACUCUAGGUAGAAUCUUCAGAUUCAGCUGUAGCGUACACAGACCUAAAGAGGUGUGUUGUCAUUGUGAACGUACAAUUUGCGACUCUUGCAUAAAUUAAAUGAAGAGUCCAUGGAUUUCCACCUCUCAGCUUUAAAAUGAAUGCGGGUUCAUUUAUCUGACAUCAAAAGGAGGUGUAGGGGGGUUUUGAUUGCUAUAUAUCUUAUGGGACAAACCUCAUAUUCACUUAAAUAUUAUUUAUCAUGAAGUAAGUAGAUUUUUCAUUGUAAAGGAUAAUUUAUUUGGUUGGUACACAGCUGUACCUCCAACACGUUUAGCAAGGCUUUGGCUACAGAACAGUGCGCUGUUAGGUAUUAGAUAGUUUACCUUUAUUUGACACUUCUAUUUUAUUUUUCUAUUUGUUUUAUUUUAUUGUUCAUAUCCUGUCUGUGGAUGACUGGGCAGGUGGGAUGAAGGCUGCAGUACUUUACUGGCAUUUGUUUGUAUUUAAUUACUUCUUAGCGUCGUCUUAACUGUGCUGCCACAUAGAAAACAGUCAGCAUUUAUCAGGAUUUAAAAUGUGAAAAUUUGACACACAGUGAUAUCAAUUCACUGCUACCAUCUUUAACUACUCCCUCCAGAUACAUUUUAACAAUCAUUUUGAACUUGAGGGUCUGUCUCCUCGAAAGCUAUACAUUUUAGUCAUUUGGUAAAUAAGCCCAUGUACCUUGAGUUUUAUUUAUCCUUUGAAAAAAAACAAAAAAAACAAGACUUUUCAACUUUUCAUGCGACAGUCUUACGUUAUGCUGUUAAGUUUCCAGGAUAAAGAUACAGUGUAAGCUUUGAUCAUUUGUGUUGUACUAAAAUCAAAUAAAAUUAUUUUGUCUAAUGUU